UACCUUGCUUUGAAAUACAUGCUGGAAUCAUUUCAGUUUUCAAAAUUCCUUACAAUUUUUACUGAAAACUGCUUACUAAAAGAAAAUGGAUUGGACUGGAACAAUUUUAAUAUUAUUAAUAUUUCUUCUUGCAAUUAUGUUCCUUUUGAAAAAGGGCAGUUCCUGGAAUAACAGCUCCCCCAAUCUCCCUCCGGGACCCAGGACCAUACCUAUUUUGGGAAAUCUGCACAUGAUGGAUCUGAAGAGGCCUCACAGAACAAUGAUAGAGUGGUCAAAAGAAUAUGGUCCCAUUUUCCGCAUCAAACUGGGAUUCCAGGAGAUGGUGGUGCUGACUGGCUAUGAGACGGUCAAAGAAGCUCUUGUGAACCAGGCUGAUGCAUUUGUAGAUAGGCCCUUUGUUCCCAUUUUUGAAGAUGCAACAAAAGGGUUUGGUCUUGUUUUUGCUCGUGGUGAGCACUGGAAAGUGAUGCGACGGUUUACAUUAUCCACAUUACGGGGCUACGGAAUGGGCAAGAGGACCAUUGAAGACAAAAUCACAGAAGAGUGUAGUGUCUUAACGAAGACAAUGGAGACUUAUGCAGGAAAACCCUUUGACGUCAAAAGAAUUUUGACUGCUGCUGUUUCCAACAUCAUUGUUUCUAUUCUACUUGGGAAACGCUAUGAAUAUGAAGAUGCCACAUUUCUAAGACUACUGAAGAUAAUCGGGGAAAAUAUUCAGCUUGUAGGAAGCCCUGCUGUAUUGCUAUAUAAUUUGUUUCCCAAGUUGGGGUUUCUUUUGGGUGCCCAUAAAAUAAUAAUGAAGAGUCAAAAGGAGUUCCAUGAUUUCAUACAGACCACUUUCAUAGAAUAUCUCCAAGAUCUUGAUGAAAAUGACCAGAGGAAUUUUAUUGAAUCAUUUCUUGUUCGGCAAAGACAGGAGAAUAUGAAGAUGGCAAAUGAUGGAUAUUUUCAUAAUGAAAACCUUAUAGGUCUUGUAGCUGACUUAUUUGGUGCUGGUACAGACACAACGGGAAACACUCUGCGCUGGGCCAUACUCCUAAUGAUGAAGUACCCAGAAAUUCAGAAUAAGAUCCAAGAAGAAAUUGCAAGAGAAAUUGGUGAUAUCCAACCAAGGACUGGCCAUCGAGCCAAAAUGCCUUACACCGAUGCUGUAAUUCAUGAGCUUCAAAGAUUUGCUAAUAUUGUUCCCUCCAAUUUGCCACAUGCAACCACCAUGGACAUAACUUUCCAAGGCUUCUUUAUCCCCAAGGGCACGUACAUCAUUCUCUUGCUGAGUUCUGUGCUCCAUGAUGAAUCUCAGUGGGAGAAACCUCACAACUUCUAUCCUGAGCAUUUUCUUGACUCUGAAGGAAAAUUUGUGAAAAGGGAUGCAUUCAUGCCAUUUUCCACAGGUCGGAGAGUAUGUGCAGGUGAGAACCUUGCCAAAAUGGAGCUCUUCCUCUUCUUCACCAGCCUCUUGCAGAAAUUUACCUUCCAGCCACCCCCGGGAACAUCUAAAGAUGACCUGGAUCUGACUCCUUGUAUUGGGCUUACUUCCUCUCCCAUGCCAUACAAGACCUGUGCUGUGUUACGUUGAUCUGACCCAAAAAAAAAUUAUAACAAGCUGUUUUCUCAGCCUUGAAAUGCCUUCAUUUUGACAGAGAGGCAAAAUUUAACAAUAGAAUUCAAUAUUGUCUAGCUUUUAAAAGAUGAAUGGUAAUGAUCUAUAAUCUCAUGGAAUGUGGAUUGUGAUAUGAAAGAAUAAUUAGGAGAUCAUGAAAAGCAAAGUGCUUUUCUUUUGGAACCAUUUGUUUUCUUAGCUUUUUACUAUUCUUUUGUCUUCUUCAACUUUUUGUUGAGAACUUUUUGUCUGAUUUGUUUUAAUGAAGAACAGUGAUUUUAAUUACUUGGUAAAAAGCAGUAUCAUUCUUUUGUGGAAUAGUCCCUAGUGCAAAUUUGCUUCUACAAUCUACACCAUCCAGGGUCCCUC